AUGUUCUGUGCUUCAGCUGGAGCUAAGACGGUGUAUGCGCUAGAUCAAUCUGAAAUAAUAUACCAUGCAAUGGACAUAGUGAGGGAAAACAACUUGCAAGAUGUUAUAAAAUUAGUUAAAGGAAGACUGGAGGAUACUAAAUUAAAUGAAAAGGUUGAUAUUAUAGUUUCCGAGUGGAUGGGAUACUUUUUGCUGUUUGAAGGCAUGUUAGAUAGUGUGAUAUAUGCAAGGGAUCAUUGUCUAAAACCUGGUGGUCUCCUGCUACCCAAUAGGUGCAAUAUUAGUCUUGUUGCUAACGGCGACAUAGAUACACAUAAGAAACUUAUAGACUACUGGUCUGAUGUCUACGGAUAUAAAAUGAAUUGCAUGAAGUCUGAAGUUGUGAGGGAAGCAAGUAUUGAUGUUGUUGGAUCAAAAUUCAUAAUAUCUGAGCCCUGUGUUGUCAAAGACAUUGAUAUAAACACAUGCAAAAUUGAUGUCAUGGACUUCACAUCGGAAUUUAAACUGCCUAUUGUGAAGGAUGGUAUUUUGACCUCUAUUGUUGGUUACUUUGACACAUUCUUUGAUCUGCCAAAUGCAAUAGACUUCUCAACUGGUCCACACAAGACACCAACACAUUGGAAACAAACUGUUUUUUACUUGAAAGAUUGCAAAGAGGUCAAGCAAGGAGAUGUGAUUGAGGGAACAAUAAUUUGUAAUAGACAGAAAUCAGAUGUCCGAGGCUUGUCCAUUCAGCUUAUUAUAUUUGGCAAGACUCAUAAAUACAUCCUUAGUUGA